AUGCCUCCUAAAGGACCAUUACAAGCCGUGCAAGUAUUUGGGCGCAAGAAAACUGCAACAGCAGUUGCCCACUGUAAGCGUGGAAGUGGACUCAUCAAAGUCAAUGGCCGCCCACUGGACCAGAUGGAGCCCGAAAUUCUCAGAGUCAAGCUCCAAGAACCAGUGCUGCUUUUGGGCAAGGACAGAUUUGCUGGAGUGGACAUCCGUGUGAGGGUCAAAGGAGGCGGUCAUGUGGCACAGAUUUAUGCUAUCAGACAAGCCAUCUCCAAGGCUAUCGUCUCCUACUACCAGAAAUAUGUGGAUGAGGCCUCAAAGAAAGAGAUCAGGGAUGUGCUGAUUCAGUAUGACAGGUCUCUGCUGGUUGCAGAUCCCCGUCGCUGUGAACCAAAGAAGUUCGGAGGACCUGGAGCUCGUGCCAGAUACCAGAAAUCUUACCGUUAA